GGCAUUGCUGCAUACAUAGGCGCCAUAGGAAUCAUCGUCGUUGACGGUACCCUCUGGUCGAUCGUUAAGGACACUACCCUUUCACCUCCUGGAUGAGUCCGCCACUCCCAACUGUAUCACCUUGACGUUAUUUACCACCAUAUAUAUUCACCACCAACCCUCCACCCACCAUUUCUGUACCCCUCUCUCUCUCUCACUCUUUAAACCUAAUCCUCUCCAACCCCUCUCUCUCUCUCUCUCUCUCCCCUCCCCACCAUGGACGCAGCCUCCCUCUCUCGCAUAGGCCUCGCCGGCCUUGCCGUGAUGGGCCAAAACCUAGCCCUUAACAUCGCCGAAAAAGGCUUCCCCAUCUCCGUCUACAACCGGACCAUCUCCAAGGUCGAUGAAACCCUAGAUCGAGCCCACCGCGAAGGCAACCUCCCGUUGACCGGCCACUACACUCCACGCGACUUCGUCCUCUCUCUCCAAAAACCCAGAUCGGUCAUCAUCCUCGUCAAGGCGGGCUCACCCGUCGACCAAACCAUCGCCGCCCUAUCCGAGCACAUGGACGCCGGAGACACCAUCAUCGACGGCGGCAACGAGUGGUACGAAAACACCGAGAGACGGAUCCUGGAGGUCGCCGAUAAGGGUAUUCUUUAUCUCGGCAUGGGCGUUUCCGGCGGCGAAGAGGGUGCUCGUCACGGACCUUCUUUGAUGCCUGGAGGCUCGUACCAAGCUUAUCAAAAUAUAGAAGAUAUAGUUCGGAAAGUGGCUGCCCAAGUCGAGGACGGUCCGUGUGUGACCUAUAUUGGCGAAGGAGGGUCUGGUAAUUUCGUGAAGAUGGUACACAAUGGGAUUGAGUAUGGAGAUAUGCAAUUGAUUUCGGAAGCGUAUGAUGUUUUGCGCCACGUCGGAGGACUUUCUAAUGCCGAAUUGGCGGAGAUUUUUGGGGAGUGGAACAAUGGUGAGCUUGAGAGUUUCUUGAUUGAAAUCACUGCAGAUAUUUUCAGGGUCAAGGACGACCACGGCGAUGGUGAAUUGGUGGAUAAGAUUUUGGAUAAGACGGGGAUGAAGGGGACUGGGAAAUGGACUGUCCAGCAGGCGGCGGAGUUGUCUGUGGCAGCUCCGACCAUUGCAGCGUCAUUGGAUUGUAGGUACUUGAGUGGGCUGAAGGAGGAGCGAGUGGCGGCUGCGGAGGUGUUGAAGGAGGCAGGAUUGAAGGAGGAGGUUGCUUCAGUGAAGAGUGGGAUUGAUAAGAAGAGAUUGAUUGAUGAUGUGAGGCAGGCAUUGUAUGCUUCCAAGAUUUGUAGUUAUGCUCAAGGAAUGAACUUGUUGAGGGCCAAGAGUGUGGAGAAGGAUUGGAAUUUGAAUUUUGGCGAAUUAGCCAGGAUUUGGAAAGGUGGGUGUAUUAUUAGAGCUGUGUUUCUGGACAGGAUUAAGAAGGCAUACCAGAGGAAUCCGAAUUUGGCGAGCUUGGUGGUGGAUCCGGAGUUUGCUAGGGAAAUGGUGCAGAGGCAGGCAGCGUGGAGGAGAGUUGUGGGGUUGGCAAUUUCAGCCGGGAUCAGUACUCCAGGAAUGUGUGCCAGUCUUGCUUAUUUCGAUACAUAUAGGCGUGCCAGGCUUCCUGCAAACCUUGUUCAAGCUCAGAGGGACUUGUUCGGGGCUCAUACGUAUGAGAGGAUUGAUCACCCUGGAUCAUUUCAUACCGAGUGGACGAAGCUUGCACGAAAGAGUAAUGGUGUUGCUGCUUUCAAAUGAGCUUUCUGUUGUUCUUUAACUCAAUUGUUCCUUUUGAGGGUUAUUGGUGUUUGUAGUUGAAUUGUGAUUGCAUCUGUUGCCCAGGAUUCCCUGCUUAGGCAUUACCUUGCUGUAAUUUUUGCCUUUUUUUCCCCUUAUAAUAAGUUGUGCAUGCCUUUUGAGAA